UGUGACUGGUCAUAUUGCCAGUCAGAAACUAUUCAUGUCAUAUCUGGUAACGUUAUAAAACGAAUCCGCCUCACGCUUUUUCUGCGAGUUCUGAGUUUUUUUCUUGCGUUAUCUCGUGACCAUAGACUGUAUCGUGACGCAAGGGAAGGGUUGCACUACGCAGUGCACUCAGUUGACCUGGCAGAGCAAAGAACACGCGGAACUGUAUUACUGGCCUGGACUCAAAACAUUUUACGGUAGUAGGGCAAAACAUGGCAUCGCAAUUCAGUGGUGUCUUACAACUGACGGAUUUGGAUGAUUUUAUAACCCCAUCUCAGGCGUGUGUAAAACCAGUGAAGUUGGAGAAGAAGCCUGGGAAAUCUGUUGCCAAAAUUCAAAUAGAAGAUGAUGGGAGUUACUUUCAGGUUAACCAGGAUGGUGGGCUGCAGAAGUUGGAGAAGGCAAAGAUUACACUGAAUGACUGCCUGGCCUGCAGUGGCUGUAUCACAUCUGCUGAGAGUGUCCUGAUAGCCCAACAGAGUCAAGAUGAGCUAUACAAAGUGCUCCAACGCAACAAGCAGAACAGCGCUGAACAGACAGUGGUGGUGGUAUCGGUGUCACCUCAGUCCAGGGCCUCUCUGGCGGCACGGUUUGACCUGAGCACCACUGAUGCUGCCAGGCGGCUGACUGCUUUCUUCAAAAAUCUUGGGGUGCACCAUGUGUUUGACACUGGAUUCAGCAGGACAUUCAGCCUGUUGGAAAGCCAGAGAGAAUUUGUGGAACGCUUCCAGCGCAAGGACCGGGACAAGAAGGCCCUGCCAAUGCUGGCCUCUGCUUGUCCAGGCUGGAUCUGCUAUGCAGAGAAGACUCAUGGGGAUUUCAUUCUUCCCUACAUCAGCACCACUCGCUCCCCACAGCAGGUCAUGGGCUCUUUGGUGAAGGGCUACUUUGCUGAGCAGCAUAACCUGACCCCAAAACAGAUCUACCAUGUAACAGUGAUGCCCUGCUUUGACAAGAAGCUGGAGGCAUCUAGAUCAGAUUUCUUCAUGAAAGAGGCCAACACAAGAGAGGUGGACUGUGUCAUCACGUCAGGAGAGGUUAUGAAGAUGCUGGAGCAGGAAGGGUUGUCUCUGAAUGAUGUGGAACCAGCACCUUUGGACACCUUCUUCAGUAGCGUGCACGAGGACGAGCUGCUGCGUCAUGCGGGGAGCAGCUCCGGCGGAUACCUGCAUCACGUGUACAUUCACGCGGCCAGACAGCUCUUUGGAGUGGAGGUGAAAGACAUCACGUACAAGACCCUCAAGAACAAGGACUUCCAGGAAGUUACCCUGGAAAAAGACGGAACUGUUUUGCUGCGCUUUGCAAUCACUUAUGGCUUCCGUAAUAUCCAGAACCUGGUGCAGAAAUUAAAGAGAGGGAAGGCGUCCUAUGACUUUGUGGAAGUGAUGGCUUGCCCUUCAGGGUGCGUGAAUGGGGGAGGGCAGGUAAAGCCCUUACCUGACAAGCCCAACAAGGAGCUGCUGCAGCAGGUAGAGGACCUGUAUAAGGCAGAGAACACCCGGGCGCCCGAGGAGGAGGAUCGAGUUGCACAUCUGUACCACAGCUGGCUGCACCAUGUGGGGGAGGAGAAGGCCCGGGAGCUGCUACACACAGGAUACCAUGGGGUGGCCAAGAACACCAACGGCCUCGUCAUGAAGUGGUGAAAAUUACACGGUGAACACCGUGUGAGGCUCAAGUGUAGCCGUCAGUCAGCUCAAGGGUAGGCGGAGCUUCUGCACAACACUGCUUCUGUAACACAACAGUCCUCCCUUCCUUUCUUUCUGUGUACAGCCCUCAGUAAAGCUACUUCCUUAAGUCACUACAUAUUGAGGAAAGCAGUCAAAAAAGCCAUUAUGUAAACCGGAAUUCAAUGUGUGUUCGCUUCCCAAGCAUGUCUAAGCCACAGGUCUAUUUUUUUAUUACUCCUUUUGAAUUAGUUUUUUUUUUUUUUAAACUUUGCUUUAUUGGGUAAAUCCUUGCAGUUAGCACUAAUAAAAACUACAUGGAUUUAUCCCAGUUUAGCAUGGAACAACAUAAAGCAACUUCAGAAUUUUCUUCCUUGUGUUGAUAUUGUUUUCAUUCUAAGUUUUAACGGAGGAUGCUAGUGUACGUAUGGUUUGUGAUGUUAGCCGUAAAGUCUAAAAUACGCACAACAAAAUAUGACAUAUAAGUAUGUAUGACAUAUAAGUAUGUUUAUGUGAUUUAUCUCUGAUUUAUCCAUGUAAUAUUUUAUAAUAUAUUUAAAUAAAUAUAUUUUACACACUGAA